AUGGGUUCGUAUGUGUACCCUACAGGUCAGGGUGUGUCGCUGCACAUCCCACGGUCAGCCAUCAAUGCCACCGUCCAAGAAGACAUCCUACUGUCCGUGGAUUACUCCUGCCACGGGGUGCCCACUAUUGAGUGGAAGUACACCUCAACCUGGGGUGUGCAGAAGAUUGUGGAGUGGAAACCAGGGACCCCCACCAAUGUCUCCCAAAGCCACAGAGACAGAGUCUGCACCUUCGACAAUGGCUCCAUCCAGCUUUUCAGUGUGGGCGUGAGGGAUUCUGGCUACUACGUCAUCACUGUCACAGAGCACCUGGGGAGCAGGCAGUUUGGCACAAUCGUACUGCAUGUGUCUGAGAUCCGCUAUGAAGACCUCCACUUUGUCGCCGUCUUCUUCGCUCUGCUCGCCGCUGUGGCUGCAGUGCUCAUCAGCCUCAUGUGGGUCUGCAAUCGGUGUGCCUACAAAUUCCAAAGGAAGAGGAGACACAAGCUCCAAGAAAGCACCACUGAGGAGCUUGAAAUGAAAGACAUUGAGUGUUAG